CUAAGCUAGAAGAAGAAGAAAGAAAAAUAUAAUAAAAAAUAAAGAAGAGAGAGAGAGUGAGUCUAGUCUGUCUGUCUCUCACAUGGCCUCUAUGCCCUUGGGGCUAAACCAUCAACAACUACAACUUCAGCCACAGACACAGCCACAGGCAGAGAUUAAUGAGCCACAGAAGCUAGCGCCUCGCCGCACAUCUGAAAUGGACUCUGAUAAGGAAAUGUCUGCUGCUGUAAUUGAGGGGAAUGAUGCAGUUACUGGACACAUCAUUUCAACCACCAUUGGAGGCAAAAAUGGCGAACCUAAAAGGACUAUCAGCUACAUGGCAGAGCGUGUUGUAGGUACUGGAUCUUUUGGAAUUGUUUUUCAGGCAAAAUGCUUGGAAACUGGGGAGACGGUGGCCAUUAAGAAGGUAUUGCAGGAUAGACGGUAUAAAAAUCGUGAGCUGCAGUUAAUGCGCUUGAUGGAUCACCCAAAUGUGGUUUCCCUGAAGCAUUGUUUCUUCUCUACAACAAGUAAAGAUGAACUUUUUCUUAAUCUAGUCAUGGAAUAUGUUCCUGAGACUAUGUACCGAGUUCUGAAGCAUUACAGCAGUAUGAACCAGAGGAUGCCCCUCAUCUAUGUUAAACUCUAUACAUAUCAAAUUUUUAGGGGGUUGGCAUAUAUCCAUACUGUUCCUGGUGUGUGCCAUAGGGAUGUAAAGCCCCAAAAUCUUUUGGUUGAUCCUCUCACCCACCAGGUUAAGCUUUGUGACUUUGGAAGUGCAAAAGUCCUGGUCAAGGGCGAAGCAAAUAUUUCAUAUAUAUGCUCUCGUUACUAUCGGGCUCCGGAACUUAUAUUUGGUGCAACAGAAUAUACAACAUCAAUUGAUAUUUGGUCAGCUGGCUGUGUCCUCGCUGAGCUUCUUCUGGGCCAGCCAUUGUUUCCAGGAGAAAAUGCAGUCGACCAGCUUGUAGAAAUUAUCAAGGUUCUUGGUACCCCAACUCGAGAAGAAAUUCGGUGCAUGAAUCCAAAUUAUACAGAUUUUAGGUUCCCUCAAAUUAAAGCUCAUCCUUGGCACAAGGUUUUCCACAAACGAAUGCCUCCUGAAGCAAUUGACCUUGCUUCACGGCUUCUUCAAUAUUCACCAAGUCUUCGCUGCACUGCGUUAGAAGCAUGUGCGCAUCCUUUCUUUGAUGAGCUACGUGAGCCCAAUGCCCGCCUUCCAAAUGGACGCCCAUUGCCCCCUCUUUUCAACUUUAAACAGGAAUUACAAGGAGCGUCACCUGAAUUGAUCAACAGGCUAAUACCAGAGCAUGUACGGCGGCAGAUUGGUCUUAGCUUCCCACAUCCAGCUGGUACGUAAAUGUGAAGGCAUGAUGUAACAAGGAAUCAACUCUGGUAGCGAUGAAAGUGAAACAAAGGAUGGCCUCUUUUGCGGUCUAUGUAACCGAGCAUUCUGGCUUAAUGAGCAGUUUUUUCUCGGCCUGUGAAGAUGUAUACAUAUACUGGCUCUUCAGCUUAACCUGGAAAUUGGUGAUUCUGUCUACUAUAUGUCAUUUUAGCUAUAAAAAAAAAAGUACUAUUUCCCUACUUCUGUACAUUGUUUUGAUCGCAAAGAUUCCAGAGCUAGGAGUAUAAAAGGUGAUGCUAUUCAUAUCUAGUAGCUAGGUAGGGGCUGCAGAAGCUUAAGAGGCUCAGUAGUUGUUUGGCUUGCUAUUCUAUUCUUCCCCCUUUUAUUAAUUACUUAAUCAUGUUGUUAUUUCUAUUUAUGCUUGUGCCGGUCUUUGGUUGCGAACUGAAUUUCUCAAUUGAAGGUUACCUUUUCCUCACCA